GCAUAUAAGGAUCUUUGGAGUAUUAUUGCUACACAGUAUCCUGAACGUAACUUCCUGAUUACAGGAAGUCCAGGAACUGGUAAAACAUUUUUCAUUGUUUUUUUAUUAUACUUACUCGUUGGAAUGGGUAAAACGGUGGUCUUUCAGAAAAGUCCUGAUAAAGUAACAUGUUACAAAUUUAGUAAUGGGACUGUGGAAUCUGCACCAAUACGAUCCAUGUGCAUCGUUCUUGAUAACCCACAAGUAUAUUAUCUUUUAGACACUAUGGAGCCUCAAUUAACAUGUAAUGCCCGCAAAAUAGUUGUAUCUUCACCGAAUAGAAAGCGAUACAAGGAAUAUGAAAAAGGAAGGUCAGUAGAUACAAGGAUAAUGCCGACGUGGGAUUUGGAAGAAUUGGAGACCCUCCAUCAGAAUAUUCAUCUUAAUACAAAUUUUACUAAGCUGAGAGAACUUUAUGCUUUAUGGGGUGGAAUACCUAGGUAUGUUGUAGAAAAGGUGGAUAUAGAAAGUUUUCAAAAUCUUCUUGAGAUGGCUUUAAAUGCAGCUGACUUCGAUAAAAUAAUUCGAAGUUCACAUUCGCCUCCAAAUGGGUGGCCAACAACCUACUCAAUCGUUUCGAAAAGUUAUGCUUUGACAAAAUCAA